CGAUUCUUUCUUGGUCCCUUCCACCCACACUAGUAUAGCGAAUGGCCGACAACAAGCGGCUCAGGGUGUCUAAGGCUUGCGACUCUUGCAGGAGGAAAAAAGUCAAGUGCGAUGCCAUUCAUCCGUUGUGCACCAAUUGCGAGACCUUCAACUACGAAUGUAAGCGGCAAAAUAUAUUUUUUGUUUCUACUUGUUUUGAGAAAGAAAAGAAAUUUCGUCCACUUGUAAUGCACGGCGGUCUAGGCCUUCUUGCCCUUGACUAAUCUUAAAGCGACAAGAGUCUGAACGGAUCUGUUGUGCUGCAAUCCCUGAGAAUCCUUUGCUGGAGAGGGAGACUGACGAUAGGCCUGCAUUUCGUCUGAUCGGAAUAAUACUACAACAAUAGGCACAUACAAUGAUCCGACCAAGAAGCGUGGCCCGCCAAAAGGUAAGGAGGAGGGAA